AUGUCAGAGCAAAGAGCUGCAUUCUUGCGCAGCAAUAUCCAGCCAUGGCCAUAUUGUGCACAUGUUACAGAUGGCACGAAGGAUAAGCAGCAUGAUAAGAAGGUGCACAGACACAUCGAUCAGGUGGAGGAUGUUUUUCUUCGGCCAAUUCUGGCCAAUCACAGUCUCGAAGCCUUAUAUGGAAUUCUUGGCCAGGACGCGGACUUCAGUAAUCUUCUCGCGCUUGCUCCUAGUUGUGCUGAGUUGCCUGCAAUUUGCAUGAGCGAUAUUGCUGGACUUUUCAAUCAUUAUGCUGCUUGCUCUGUAAUUCUGUCAGUAGCACAGGUACAAAGUGAGGGCUUCAGAAACUGGACUGUCGUGGAUCAUCGUCGACGCAAGAUGGCUAUCGAGGGUCGUCUCAGACACACCAGCUGCCAAGAAGCGGAAAUAUCACCGCUAAUCACUUGGAAGGAUGACAAAGCCGCAAGUGCCCCGCAUUUGCAUCUGGAUGAAGGCGAUUGGCUCACAGCUCGGACUCCAGUUGAUCUAUCUUAUGCACAAAUCGAUCAUGAUCAGUCUCACUUUAUCGACUUAGCUGAAUUGGAGCAGCCUAGUACGUCUAUGACGAAUAACUAUGAGUAUGAACAGCUACUUAUACACGACACCCCCAACUUCAUGAAGGCGUUCCGUGAACAGCUAGAGAUUCUAUCGUCAAUGGUUUCCACGGAGAACACAGAAAGUUUUGUGGUCAUACGGAGAUGUGGUCAAUUCCAUGCCCUCACAAUAUUCAUGCAGUAA